GGUAUUAGUAAUCGACCAAGCAGAAAACCCCACAGUACAACUGACAGCGGAUUUGCAGCUCAGACGAGGAAACGAGAGGCAACGAGAGUAGCAGAAGGAAGAGAACCCCGAUUUCUCCUAUGUCAAAUGUCAGUUUACAGAGAAUAAACUGGAUUAUAUGAAUUUUUUCAUCUGAAUUCGUUGGAAGAUUUUUGUUUAACGCACGGAUAUCGUAUUCAUUUUGAAUUGAUCAUCUGUACACACACACACACGCUCGACCGACUCACAAGCAGCGUGCGUGGGUAACAUCUACCAUACGAUGGAUGGUAUUCUGUGUCACCGUUGAUCGGUGUGAUUAACUCGAAUCACCGGAGUUGAGUCACUGGAUUGUUUCACGGGGACGUUAUUUCUCGAAACGUAACGUUAGUAGGCUAAUCAACUAGUCAUCGCACAGAACGGGCUUUCCUGUCAUCAUUGUGAGACGUGAGACAUUGUGAGACUUUCGCCUAUUGUGGCAGACUUCAUAUUGGAAUAUUUUUUUUAACAAAAUUUUUAGUCUUCGCAGUUAAUGUGAGGGUGGAACACUUCGACCUCUAUAUAAUAAUCAGAGGAUGAAGAUUCUGUCUCUCUGGGUCAAUGACGGCUAAAAUGGAAACUCCUUUCUACCAUGACGAGUCCCUAGGUGUUCCUCACAACUUCGGACAACACCAUGCCGAUUACCAACGUUACCAGAGCCACAAGAUGAUGAGUAAGAAGGUGGCACAUAACUUCUCAGGCGGUUCCCACAGCAGCUCUGGCCUGAAACUGUCACAAAGCCAGCCGGGGAGUAACUGCAAUAUCAAUCCUAAUAAUCUGGGAGGGAUUAACAGCAACACAAACAGCUCGUUAAUGCCCGGCGGCUUGUCAGAUAUGAACCUUCUGAAGCUAGCCUCCCCUGACCUCGAGCACCUCAUCAUCCAGUCUAACCAGGGCCUGGUGACGACGUCUCCUGUCCCCAACCCUAACGGUGGUAACCCCUUCAUGUACCGGAACAACGCCACUAACGAACAGGAGGGUUUUGCCGAUGGGUUCGUCAAAGCCCUGGCGGAUCUUCAUAAACAGAACCAGCUGGUUGGAGCUCCCGUGUCCCCUUCCUCCUCUAUGCAAGGCCCCUACCAGAGGAGCAUCAUGUCUGCAGGAGAUCUGCCCAUCUAUACCAACCUCAGCAGCUACAACCCGAACCACCCCAGCCAUGUAUCAUCAUCCUACCCAGGGGGCCAGAUGCCCGGCGGCUACCCAUGCCACGGCCCCCACGGACCCGGAGGCCAGGGACCCCACCAUCCUCACAACAGGGGGUUGGACGCCCCUCAGACUGUCCCAGAGAUACGUCACCCUUCCGGGGACCCCACCUCCUCCCCUCCCUCGCUCUCUCCCAUCGACCUGGAGACCCAGGAGAGGAUCAAGGCCGAGAGAAAGAAACUACGUAACCGGAUCGCGGCGUCUAAGUGUCGUAAAAGGAAGCUGGAGCGGAUCUCCAGGCUAGAGGAGAAGGUGAAGGUUCUGAAGACCCAGAACUGUGACCUGACCUCCACCGCCUCGGUACUGAGGGAACAGGUGGCCCAGCUCAAACAGAAAGUCAUGAAUCACGUCACCAAUGGCUGCCAAAUUGCAGUCAGCUCAGCAGCCCUACAGUCCAAGAGCACCGGGGAGAGGGAGAGCACCAGCUGCUGACCAACGGACUGUACUGUACAGGGAUGAGAAGUGUAUUUUUUUUCUGUUGCUCUGAGUCAGUCCUCUCUAAAGGAAUUAGUACCUCUACAAGGUAAAUGAUGGGUGUUGUGGGUAAAUAAAGUACUACGUGAGAUGUUGAGGAGAAGGGAGAAUCCCACCUCUCUAUGCUAACUGCUAACUACGUGAGUGGUUGGGGAGAAGGGAGAAUCCCACCUCUCUAUGCUAACUGCGUGAGCGGUUGGGGAGAAGGGAGAAUCCCACCUCUCUAUGCUAACUGCGUGAGCGGUUGGGGAGAAGGGAGAAUCCCACCUCUCUAUGCUAACUACGUGAGCGGUUGGGGAGAAGGGAGAAUCCCACCUCUCUAUGCUAACUGCGUGAGCGGUUGGGGAGAAGGGAGAAUCCCACCUCUCUAUGCUAACUACGUGAGCGGUUGGGGAGAAGGGAGAAUCCCACCUCUCUAUGCUAACUGCUAACUACGUGAGUGGUUGGGGAGAAGGGAGAAUCCCACCUCUCUAUGCUAACUGCUAACUACGUGAGUGGUUGGGGAGAAGGGAGAAUCCCACCUCUCUAUGCUAACUGCUAACUACGUGAGUGGUUGGGGAGAAGGGAGAAUCCCACCUCUCUAACCUCUACAGACACUUUGAGUUGUUGUAGUAACACAACGAGAAAAGGACAUGGGACACCUCUACUUUCCUACUUUAGUUUUGUCCUCCCGCAGCCCCGACAGUGACCAAAGUAUAUCUGUGCUCAAUAGGAGCACAUUAAACCACACACACACACACACAGACUGAAGACUGUGCUCUACAACACUGACCCUUGUACAUAACCAGGCAACCAUUGGAGCGUGAGGUGCGGAUGACAUUGUGCCUCUAGUAUACAGUUCAGUAGAUUCCUGGGUGUUUGUGGUAAACAGGAAGUCUAAUAACUGAGAAGGUGUGAAACAUACAGGGUUUCUCUCUCUCUCUCUCUCUCUCUCUCUCUCUCUCUCUCUCUCUCUCUCUCUCUCUCUCUCUCUCUCUCUCUCUCUCAUGGUUUCAGAACAAUUCCAAAAGGUGUUCUAUUGUAUUUCUUACUGUCAUUACCGUAGUAUUUUUGCCGAGUCGAAUCAGAAGUCGAAUCAGAAGUACAUUUUUUUACUGAGUUUGACUUUUUUUUAAACAAUUUCAAAAUGACAAAUGACGGUACUAGGAGAACAUUGUGUGUUACUCCAAGGCCCUGCGUAUUUUAGUCACUGUAAACUCUGAAGUAAAGAGAAAAUAGGAGAUUGUUUUUUUUUUCACACACUAAAAAAAUAAGCAAUUGGUCAUCAUGUUGAUCAAAUCUAUUGGAUGUGAUGUGUUGUAGAUGAUUUCUUUGUUUAAGAAUUACAGGAUUUAGCUGUAAAACUGCCACAUUUUAUUUCCGCCUCAUGGCAAAAUGUGAUAGAAUAGCAUGAGAUCAGCUAUAAAAUCGCAAAUGUUUCUAGUGGGGCUCCAGAGUGGAGCAGUGGUGUAAGGCACUGCAUCUCAGUGCUAGAGGUGUCACUACAGACACCGUGGUUCGAAUCCAGGCUGUAUCACAACGGGCCGUGAUUUUGAGUCCCAUAGGGCGGCACAGAAUUGGCCCAGCGUCGUCCGGGUUUGUCCGGUGUAGCCCGUCAAUGUAAAUAAGAAUUUGUUCUUAACUGACUUGCCUAGUUUAAAAUAAAGGUUAAAUAUAUUAUUGAAAAAAUAUAUUUUCUCCAUGGCAAUAUGUGUAGAAUGGCAGGAAAUGUGCUUUAAAACAACAACAUUUGCUCUCAGCCUCAUGGCAAAAUGUGUAGGGGGAGGGGGGGGGGUUGCUGCGGUGCUCCACUGAUUGACUAAUAUAUUGUUCAAUGUGGUAGGUAACACAUUAUAUAUUAUAUACAUUGUGUAUCAGCGCUGUGUUAUCCUGAACUACACUGUGUCAGAAAGACAUUUUUUUUUUAAGGGACAUUUUAGAUAAACUUGCUGUGUUAUUAGAUGGACAGAUGGACAGACGGACAGGUGGACAGACGGACAGAUGGACAGACGGACAGAUGGACAGAUGGACAGACUGACAGACACACGGUUGGACAGUAGAAAGGGAAGAGGCUUCUUGAGAAAGCAGACUGAAGUAACAAGACAAGGGCUUUUAAUCAAAACUGGAUGAUUUAAAUUCAUUUCUUAUUUUACAAACAUUUCUGGAGGAAUUUAUUUAUGCAAAAUGUAUCUUUGAUAUUUAUGUUUUCUGUGGAACUACACAUGACGGAUUUAGUGUCUCGUUUACAAUAUUUUUCGGGGGGGGAUACAAUAUAUUGCACAUAAAUCAAAACAUGAAAUCUUGUCUGAUAUUUAUCUGUGGUCUCAUCAUGGUCUCUACACAGCGUAGAAAUGUCUUUGGAAACUAUUUGAUACUUUUUGUUUUUUUCUCUCUUGUUUUUAAAAAAAUAAUUAUUCCUACAGUGCAAAUGUGAUUGUCGAUAUAGUAGGUAAAUCAUAUCGGAAGAGCUUUAAUUACUAUGUCAAAAACUAAACCUUACCGCGGCGACCGAAAUGGAAAGAAGAUCGUCUUUUCUUGAUGCAGACACAUUUUAUUAUGUAUUCGCUUCUACACAUAUACACGUCAGGUUAACGAUACUUAUGUCUUUACUUUAUUCACAUCAAUCUAGAGAGAAAUUUAAAACAUUAAAAAAAAAAGAAGAAUCUGUCACAAGUUUUUUUGUGAUCUUCAAGGAAAAUAUGUAUUUUUUAAACUUGAAUAAGGCUUCUUUUUUUUUAAAGUCACUAAUAAUUAUAUAUUUUUGUACAAAAUGUAAAUCAACGUUCCUAAAGUUCUAGAUUCAGUGAAAAUGAUGACGACCUUCUAACAGCUUAGUGUACUUCUUCUCUCUCCAUACUGUACAUUAUUUAUUGAGACAGAUUUUGAUGGUGGUGGUGUAGGUGUGUGUGUGUGUGUGUGGGGAGGGGGGGGUAGUAUUAUUUUGUAUGUACUGAAGUAGGUGUGUGUACUUAGGAACAUUACUCUUUGUUGUGUAAAGUCGUUUGUGUCAAUUUCAGUGAAAUAGUAUUCGUCUGUUUUUAUGGUGACAUGUUUAUUUUCCAGUGUAAUACAAGAUUAAAAAAGGUUGUUGAUGGGACCACAGAGGGUCUGUCUAAAUUCGA